AUGGACGCGUAUAACGGCCUGAACCCAGGUCAGAUCAAUCCCACCAACCGUCCCCCAGCCUUCACGGAUCCCCCGGCACCAUGGGAACAACCACAAGCGCACACCGCUUGGACACCUCCCUCCACACGAGGAGACAUCUUCUGGGACGACAGUCAACGCCCGCAGGCCUACCCGAACGUUCAGACUCGUAGCCACAUCCCCCCAGAGUCCACGAGUAGCUUCGAGAACCCCGAGUACGACGACCUCAUCCGAAGCAUCAACAUACCCGACCUAAGCGACUUCAAUCGCUCGUCCCAACAAGCAGGGCCCUCCCAUCUAAGUCAUCCCAGACCCGUCCCCGCCCCUGAGUUCGCAGACCGCGGGGAAGGUAGCUCCAGGACGAACAGGCCAAGGGCUCAGCGCACCUACGGUACAGGAGGGAUGAGCCACGAGGUAGCCCCGACUCGCAAUGCCGCUCGAGCGAGACCCCAGUACGACGAGCCGAUCCUAGGCCGUAGAGUACCCACGCCUGCCCACCGUACGCAAACCCCUCACCCCACCCUCCCACACACCCCCCCACGUAGGCCCAACGAGCCAAACGGCCAAAUACUACCAGAGUCCCAGAGAGGUCACCCACGUCCCUCGUCCAGAACCUCAGUGCUCUCCUACGUAGAAGUACGCAACAAUGCCCGCCCCCCAAGCCGGAACACGGAUGCGAUGGUCAUAGACGACGACCUCUGGAACAACUUCGUCAAUCCACCACAGCAGAACCGUCCAAUCCCCGGCGGCCAAGGCCCACUGUACCUCACGGGAUCCGGCAGCCACGGACCACCGCUCCUCACAGGCCCCGGCGGCCACGGACCACCGCACCCCCCAGUUCAACAGCCCCCGGCCGAGUACGGCGCGCCUCCGCCUCCCCUAGGCCCGCAGCAACAGUACGAGCCACGCCUAUACCAAGGCGAGGAACCCGAGGACGAGGACGAAAACGACGAAGCCGAGCCAAACGACGACUACAACUGGAUGCCGGCCGAGGUCACGCCGGCCCCUGACGACGACUGGAGGGACAUCCAAGGCGACACCUUCUACUACAAGUACAAGGGACAGUCCCCGCAACAAGCGUCCCGCUGGCUCUCUAGCCGUCGCCGCGGUCUCCUCUUCUCCUUCGCAGGCCACGAAGCACGAGACAACGACGACGACGCCUGGCCAAGGCAACUCCGACUUGAAGAAGCACUCAAACAAGUCUUCCGCAUCCCCAAUCCCGAGAUCUAUCUCCCGGACACCGAGAACGGCGCCAUACCCGUCCCCGGCGAAGGCCCAGUCUACUGCCUGCUCCAGAACAUCACGGCUGUACAACAAACGGAUCUCCUCCGACAGAAGUGGUACGUCAGACGCGACCUCGCAGUCCGCUUCGUCACUCUCUCACUGGGCCCGUCGACAUGGAUGGGAUCCUUCGAGAAACGCCAAGCGUUCGGCACGAUGAAGAACGACCAGAUCCUACCUUUCUUCCGAGCCGGCCUGAGACGGCAACCGCUCCUAGGACUCACCAUGGAAAUGAUUGAACGCGACAAAGGUAUGGGAGCAAAGAGCAAGUGGGGCGAUACGUCAACGUACAUCGCCUUCGAACACGUCGUCAGCUCGAUCAACAUCCGCGGAGUACCCAGGCAGACGAGCGGCGGGACCAGUAGCCCGCUAAUCCAACUAUACUGCGACUCGCCUACAGCCCACCCCCGAGACUGGGUAAUCUGGCGUGAAGCGGUCCGAAACCAACACUACUCCACCGAGAACGGCGCAAAGGCGAUCCUCAUCGAGAAGGUCGUCCAGUGUAGGUUGUGCCACUCCAUCAACCACUCAGUCGGCCUCUGCGACCUCCCAACGGUCCCAGGAUGGAACGGCCCCACGCCCGACCAACUCCAGAACGACCAGAACAGCGAUCGCCGCUACCGAAACGGCGAGAACGGCGCGCAGAGGGGUCGAGGAGGAGGACGCGGCGGCCACGGCGGAGGUGCCAGCCGAGGGCGUGGAGGCAGCAAUGGCCGCGGCAUUAACGGACGAGGCAGAGGACGUGGAAAUGGCAGGUACGCGAAUCCCCGCCCGAGGGUGGACGAAGCUAUGCACGCAGCUCUCCUCCGCGAAGCUGAUGAAGGAUGGUCGCACCAGUAA